CUUCUCUUUAUUUCUUCCUUCCUAUUUUGUCACCUGUCUGUCUGUCGGUCAGUCCGUUGGUCGUCCUCCUCCUCCGCCCUCGCUCGACCGCAUCAGUUGCCUUGUUACCUUUUUUUUUUCUUUUGCGAGGUGACUGAUCUCGACUCUCCUUCCAAAGACACGUGCAGUGUGUGAGGCUUCUUCCUUUGUUUUUCUUCGUGUUGUGGGCUUCAAGGUAAAGCACACACACACACAUAUCAUGAUGUUUCCGUCAUCAAUAAUAGUGGGUGUGACCGCGCUGGCGGUUGGGACUGCUGCCACGGCUGUCAUGCCCAGGACAAGUGCCUCGAGCGGCGCCGCUGCCACUGCUUCGGCAUCGAUCACCUCGUCCGCCGGGUCCAGUUCGACAACGUCUUCCGCCAUCACAACACAUACUAUCGCGGUUGGGGCAAACGGUUUCAAAUUCCAGCCUACAACGACAAAUGCUUCGGUUGGUGAUAUCAUUGAGUGGAGGUUCUAUCCGACGGGACAUUGGGUCGUCAGGUCAGCGUUUGGUCAGCCAUGCAUACCAUAUGAGGACACUGGCCCGAACCUCGUCGGCUUCUCGUCAGGUCCCCAGGACGUGGAGACGACUUCGGACGAUGGCCCGACAUUUCAAGUUAGGGUCAAUGACACCGAGCCCAUCUUCUUUUACUGCGCGGCCUCAGGAUCUUGCGACAAGUAUCACAUGGUCGGCGUCAUCAAUCCCACCGUCAACGAAACCUAUGAGAUGCAGUACGAAUACGCAGAGAACGUCACCUACCAGAUGACCCCAGGCGAGGCUUUCCCAAGUGAGACCGCCGACUCGACCGCAUCUUCCGCUACUGCCACGUCGGGCGCGUCCAGCGAUGGCUCCUCGUCUUCGUCCUCGUCGGGGAGUGGACAUAAGGGCCUCUCGGGCGGCGCUAUCGCUGGUAUAUCCAUCGGCGCAGCGGCGGUCGUUGUCUUUGCCGUGGCGCUGAUAUACCUUUUUGGCCGGAGGAGCGGGACGAACAGGGCAUUUGGCGGUGUAGGGCCGAGCGGUAGCGUAAUCGACCCGUACGGCGGCGGGCCGAUGCAGGAUGCCAAGUACGGCGGACCCGCUGGGCCCAAGAGUCCUGGCCAGGACACCUUCACGUCGGCUGGAUACUCAACGGCACCCUCUGUCGACCCGUAUCAGCAGAUGCACAUGGGCCAAUACGGCAACGGCAUCGGCUAUCCUGCUAGCACCGGGAGCCCGCCGCCUAUGAGCGAGUACUCGCAGAGUUUGUACCAGCAGCACUAUGGGAGCGUGCCGCAGCUUGGGGUGGACGGUGCUUCUCAUCACCAACCGACAACGCAAUAUCAAACACAUCAACCAUUGCCGCCACCGCCGCAGGAUCAACAAAGCGCCGCAUACAACGCGCCAGUAGAGCUUCCCACGUCGCUGAACCCAGGGAACUCGCCUUUGCCACAGUACAACAAUCCUGCGGGCACGUACAGCUGGGGUCAAAGCAGUGAGGGAACUUACCGACCGAGCAAACCAUUAUGA